CACUGCUACAAUGUUUUUUAAUUUUCGAAAAUGUGUUAACAUUAUUACUUUAACGGUUAGGAAAAGUCAUAGUAUUAAACGUUUUACGCACAGAAAAACUGAUUUGACUAAAGUCACUUAUAAUGUUCAAAGGCAGAACUUUAAUGAGUUACAGCAGAAACAUAUAGAUUUUUUCAGAAAGUUGCUAGGAGAGCACAGGGCAGUUAUGGGAGUUUCAAAUUUAGAAAAAUACAAUGAGGAUUGGAUAAACAAUCUGAAAGGUAGCAGUGCAAUUGUUUUAAAACCAAAAUCAACUGAAGAAGUGUCCCAUAUAUUAUCAUUUUGUAACGACAACAAUCUGGCAGUUUGCCCACAAGGGGGAAACACAGGAUUGGUUGGGGGACAGCUUCCAGUUUUUGAUGAAAUUGUUAUCUCAACUGAGUUAAUGAAUGAAAUUAUAAGUUUAGAUGACAACUCAGGAGUCGUUGUUUGCCAAGCAGGCUGUGUAUUAGAAAGCAUAGACAAUAUUUUAGCAGAGAAGGGAUUAAUGGUACCUUUAGAUUUGGGUGCCAAAGGCUCUUGUCAUAUCGGAGGGAAUGUUUCAACAAACGCUGGUGGUUUACGACUUUUACGUUAUGGAAAUUUGCAUGGAAAUGUUUUGGGUUUAGAAGUGGUGAAGGCUAAUGGUGAAAUUUUAGAUUGUUUAAGUACAUUGAAAAAAGAUAACACUGGUUAUCAUUUGAAACACUUAUUCAUUGGAUCUGAAGGAACAUUGGGAUUUGUAACUAAGGUAGCAAUGCAAUGUCCACCUCGAUCUAAACAUACAAAUGUUGCAUUUCUUGGUACACAAAAUUUUGGGAAAGUACUUAAAACUUUCAAAAAGGCUAAGCAGGAUUUAGGUGAAAUUUUGUCCGCAGUUGAAGUAAUAGAUUCAUCAACGAUGGAAUUUAUCGAUGAGAAAUUAAAUAUAAAAUCACCCAUUGGAGAAUACCCUUUUUAUCUUCUUAUAGAAACAUCUGGUAGUAAUGAAUCUCACGAUACUGAAAAACUUAAUACGUUUCUAGAAACUGCUCUGAACAAGCAUUUCAUACUAAAUGGAAUCGUUGCCAGCGAACCUGCAAAAAUCAAUACAAUCUGGUCUAUACGUGAAAAAAUUCCAGAGGGAUUCAAGCUAUGUGGCGCUGUAUUUUGUUACGAUGUAUCUUUGCCACUUGAACAUUAUUUUACAUUAGUAGAUGACAUGAAUAUAUACAUGGGCAAUUUAUCAGAAAAAGUUUUUGGAUUCGGUCAUUUAGGUGAUGGCAACCUUCACUUGCAGAUUGAAAUGAAAGAAUUUUCUAAGGAAGUAAAGGAUCACAUCGAACCAUACAUUUUUAAAAGAAUCAAAGACUUGGGCGGUAGUAUUAGCGCAGAACACGGAAUGGGUUUUUUGAAAGCUCCAUAUUUAGAUAUUGCUAGGCCUCAAAGUGCAAUAAAACUGAUGAGGGAUCUAAAAAUAUUGUUUGAUCCCAAAGGAAUUUUAAACCCGUACAAAGUAUUGCCCUGGAGAAUAUUCUAAUAAAAUAAAGGCCUAACUGCUUGUUCAAGUUGUCCUAAGGUAGCACCAAACGAAAAAUUUCCAUCAACACUUUUUAUUUCAG